UAAAAACACUCAAACCUGAUAACUUGAAGUUGAAUCGUUAUCGAUCGUCAAUCGUCAUUAAAAUCUUAAUUUGCAUCAGCCAUAAAAUCAAAUCGAAUCGAGAAAAAAUUCGCGAUAAAUUCCUCAUUCGUAAUGUAAACGUCGAAGGUCCUUCUACUUGUAUUCGUCUCUCUACUUAAUGAACAAGACGCGUAAAUCACUACUUAAACUUUCCACUUCCGGAUAAAUAAUGUUAAAUUUAGGUAAAUAUUCCGUUAUAUUACUCUAUCUAAUAAGUUCUAGUCUCUGUUUGCCUCCUCGAAAGCGGCUCUCCGAUGAAGAAUUCGAUAAACUAGCCAAACAAGAAGAAGAACAACGAAAGCAGCAACAUCCAACGAAGGAAGAAAGUCCUCCUUACUUAGAAGAAUUAGGCAUCGAAUAUACUAGAUAUUUACAACAAGUUAUCGAAACGUUAGAAAAGGACGAACAAUUCAAGAAGAAGUUAGAAUCGGCCGAUGAACACGAUAUCAAGUCAGCCAAGAUCGCCGAUGAAUUGGAAUUCGUCAAUCAUCAUGUCCGAUCGAAACUCGACGAACUGAAAAGAACCGAACUUGAUCGAUUGAGAGCUUUAGUGCGAGAAUCAGCCCACGCUAAUCUCACUCCUCCUGGACAUAUAGAUCAUGAGAAUCCUAACACUUUUGAAGUUAAAGAUUUCAAGAAACUGAUCAAAAAAGUCGCCGAAGAUCUCGAAGACGCUGAUAAAAAGCGUAAACAAAUGUUCAAAGAGUACGAAAUGCAGAAACAUUUCGAAAGAGAAGAAACGAUCAAAAAUAUGACCGAAGACGAACGUAAACAAUUUUUAGCCAAGGAAGAAGAAGAAAGAAAGAGAGAGGCUGAAGCUAAAAAGAAAAUUCAUCAUCCUGGAAGUAAACAGCAAUUGGAAGAAGUCUGGGUCGAACAAGAUCAUAUGAAUAAAAACGAUUUCAACCCUAAAACGUUUUUCGUCAUGCAUGAUGUUGAUGGUAACGGAUUCCUCGAUGAAGAAGAAGUAAAAGCGUUAUUUAUGAAAGAACUGGAUAAAUUAUACGUUCAAGGAAUGCCUCACGCUGAUCUGAUGGAAAGAGCCGAAGAAAUGGAACGAAUGAGGGAGCAUGUUUUCUUAGAAAUGGAUAGAAACCGAGACAGAUUAAUAAGUUGGCAAGAAUUCCACGCCAUGUCCCUACGUCCAGAAUUCAACGAAGAUACUGGUUGGGAUCCGAUCGACGAACAAAAAGUUUACUCUCCCGAAGAAAUGGCAGCUUUCGAAAAAGCACGAAAAGACUACAUGGAUGAAAUGAUUCGACAAGGAAAGAUCCAACCUCACCCAUAUCCAGUAAAUGAUAAUCACCUCGGCACCGGAGAACCAUUACUCGAUGUUGUUAAUAAACGUGAACAAGACCGCGUUAAAAAUUUACAAAUUCUCGAUCAAUAUUUUAAAAACAGACGCGAACAAGACUUUAAUAAUGACAAUGAGCAAUAUGCUUAUCAGGCUCAAGGCAACGGAUACGCUGCGCCGCAGUACGCUCAGCAAGGUGCGCAAGGUCACCAGUAUGUCCAGCAACCUCAAGGUCAGCAAUUCGUUCAACCACCGGGUGCUCCGCUAGGUCAACAAUUCGUCCAACAACCGCAGCAAAACCAGCAGUUCGUACAGCAGCCUCAUCAAGGUCAACAGUUUGUGCAACAACCUCAAGGCCAACAGUUCGUGCAGCAGCCUCAGCAGAACCAACAAUUCGCUCAACAACCUCAGCAAACCCAACAACAAUUCGCUCAACAACCUCAACAGAAUCAACAAUUCGCUCAACAACCUCAACAAAAUCAACAAUUCGCUCAACAACCUCAACAGAAUCAACAAUUCGCUCAACAACCGCAACAGAAUCAACAGUUCCCUCAGCCUCAGCAGCCACAACAAAACCAACAAUUCCCUCAACAAAACCAACAGUUCGCCCAGCAACCCCAACAAAAUCAACAGUAUCCGCAGCAACCUCAGCAAGGUCAGCAGUUCGCCCAGCAGCCUCAAGCUCCCGUCGAUAAUGCGAUUCCUCAGUCUGGCGUAAAAAAUGAUGUUCCAAAGCAACCCUUCGAACAAGUACCGAACAAUUUACCUAAAUAAUUACGAUAAUAAACGAAUAAUUAUUUAUUUCUCCAGUUACUGAAUUUUAAUGCCCGUUCUCUCUCUUUUUAAAAUUAGUUUUCUCGUUUUUUCCUUCUUUUUUUUUUUUUGUUAUUUUUGUAUAUUUGAAUGUGUAUUGUAUUAUUACCUCGAUAUAAAAAUUUUUGUUUUUUUGUUGCGUGCA